AUGAAUUCCAAGAUACUGGAUGUGCUAAACCUGAUCGACGAGAAGUCGUUCAAGAAAUGCGAAAAAGUAAUAGCAGCAGGGCUGAAAACAAAGAAGAAUGAGAAGCUGUAUCUGCUCUUGAAGUGCCUUCUGCACUCGCACGUGAACGAAAUGGACGAGUGUAAACAGAUAUUGGAGACUCUGGAAGUGGAUGACUCCGAUGAAAAUGUGUUUUACAUAUUAAGAACCAUAUACACGAAUAUGAAUGAAGGUGGAAAGUUAAUCCAUUUGUAUGAAGAGAAAAUAAAGAAGGCCGAAUUGAGUAAAAAAGGGCUGAGCAUCAUCAAUGGUAACGUAGGUAACGUUGGGAACAUCAUCGUAAGCAAGAGCAAUAAUAACAAUAACAGUAGCAGCAGUAACAACGUGAAAGUCGCGCAAAAGGAAAAAAUUGAUGUGGAGAUGAUUAUAAGGAACCUUUUUGAUUAUUGUCUAAAUACGAGCUUUUUCAAAAAAGGAAGUAAUUUUUCCUUAAAAUUGUAUAAGCAGACAAACGAUUCAAAGUAUCUUCUGUACAACAGCUACCUCAUAUACAUGAACAACUCGAACAACAACACACUAGUUUACAAUUUGGCACUCAACUUUUUAAAAAAUUAUAAAUGUUACAGUAAUAAUAAACUCACAGAGAACUUUUCCUUUUUUUUAGUAUUUUUUUUUAUUAACAUAAAAUUGAGAAAUUAUGAAGAGUGUGUCAAAAUUUUGGAAUACGCCAAGAGCAACAAUUUUUUUCUCAACCCAUUACAGUACCAGGUAUACAAAUUGUACAUACAAUUUAUUUUCAAUAAACUAGACAGCUGCAUUGACGUUUUAACAGAACUGAUAAAGGAGCUACCAGAAAACAGCGACUACUACAUCCUCUACAUGGACCUCAUCAUUUAUCUACUAAACAAACAUAACCCAGAUAUGAAGGUCGAGAAUAUUUUCAAUCUGUACAAAAACGAUUUGAUGUACUUGGAGUUUUUUCAAAAAUGUUUCAUACAUAUUUGUAUUCAGAAGGUUAAGGCGUUUCCCGACAAUAUUUAUACCUUUUGGAAUUGCAUUGAGGAGGAUGGGCAGGACAGGUCGGAUGGUUCGAGAGGCUCCUGUAGCUACUACAAAGAUGUGAUGAAUUUGGUUCUUUCGAUGGACCAGAUGAAUAUCAGUACGCAGCAUGACGUGAGAGAUGGAGAAAACGACAUGGAAGGUAGUGGCGCAGAUGGUGAAAGUGGCCCGAACGAUUUGGGAAGUGACAAUAGUGACGCAGAAAGUAACCAUCACAAGGGGAGAAACAAACAUAAGGGUAGGAGGGAAUGCCACAGCCCCAUCGAAAGUAUAACGAAAAAAUUGGACAGCCUAAUAGAGGACUACAAAAAUGAUGUUAUGAAGAUUUACAAAAACCACGAUGUAAAGGUGUACUUAUACAUGCUACUCUCCUUUAUGCUAAAAGAGAGCAAAAAUUAUAACAUGUUUUACUCAAUUAAAAAUCACCUCAGCCUUUUGAAGGACGAUAUGAUAGCUAUCCUCAUUGUGUUCAUAAAAAUUAUUUUGAAAAAACUAUACGUAGCUAUUAGCACCGAAAUGAAGGCCUUAUCGGUAGGAAAUUUGCCUGGAAACGAAUUGAAGAAAGAAAUACAGAAAAAUAUUUUAUUAUUCUACAAGCAGAUUUACAACUUUGAAAAACUCCUUUAUGUGUUGUAUAAGAAGGAUGUACACGAAUCCUUUAAUCGAGUCUUUUCUAUGUUCAUUCAAGUCACCAAUAAUAUGGACUUAAAACUUCGGGAUGAUAAUUUCGUUGUGUUAUUGGUAGAAAUGGCUUUAUAUCUAGACAAGUAUAACCUCUGUCAGCCUGAGGAGAAGAACAGUUUCGACCAGACUGUGGCGCACAUGCAUAAUUUGGUCAACAGUAGAUGCGAGGAGUUGAACCUCGGAGGGUGCAAAAGCGUCGAUGAAUUUCUUGGCCCCAUUGGCUCCUACGAAUGUGCAGUAGUAGAGGGUGAGGAAGGUACGAAUGGGGCAAAUGGAAAAAAUGCACAGGAAAACAAACCAGAAGCGUACCACAUACCGAAUGUACAAAAUAGAUACACCACCAUUUUUCAGAUGAACGAUGAAGAGAAAAACGAAAGGGAUAUCCAAUUAACCAACAGGGCAUAUUACAUUGCCGCGUUGAGUGUACUAAAGUACUCAUACAAUUAUCGAAUUCGCAUGACGGAGAAGGAGAAUGAAGAAAAGAAGGUGAAACCCAUUAUAAACAACGAUUACAUAAAUGUGCUUGUCUUGAUGAUCUACCUGAACAACAUAAUUGGAAAUUUCACCAAUUUCUCAACCCUGAUUGAUAAGCUAAACAUAAAGAACAUCCAACUGAUUACGUAUUCACCAAUUUUGUUCAUACACACGUAUAGCUAUUCCUACUUUAAAUAUGCAGAAAAUUUGCUAAAAAAUAUUUUGAACUAUUAUAAUGUUCAGCAGGGAAAUUUGAAGAACUCCAUCUCCAAGUGCUUUCAAAAUAAUUCUAUCUUUAAGGUGAACGAAAUUGUCAAUGCAUAUUUUUUGAAUUCGUCGAAUAUCAUUUUUUAUUUUAUUAAGUUGUUAUACAUUUUUAAGAAGCAGCUCGAGGCACCCAGGGGUGGGUUUCACUUCAAUAUAUUUGGAAGCGUGAAAAAGGAUUACGCCAUUCAUAAUGAGUACUGCACCAAGUUUACCCCCGUGAAGGAGAUUUCUAGUGGAAGGAGCAAAAGUGAGAAACCAAGUGGGCAGAGAAAGUCUGCCAACGCAGAGAUAACAGGUGCUAAGGAUGACGCCUCCAAUUCUAAGAGCAAGAAGAGCCAUCCUGACAAUGAUUAUGAUAGCAACAGUUCCACGAACAAUUUCCCCAUGAGUAACGAAUUCUUCAGUAUGCUAAAACGACUGAAUGAAGACAUUCUACAUGAGGAGCAAGAUUUUAGGAGUAGCUACUCGAAGCUGAUGCUAGACAAGUUUAACUUCCUUACGAUAGACAACCAGACGAUUCUAAUAAAAUAUAACGUGCCCUCCUUCCGGUUUACCCUUUACAAAGCAUAUGACAGCUUCUUUUACAAUCACAUUUUGUACGAGACGCUACCCCCCCUGGAAGAGUUUCAAUUCCUCAAGGACAUCAAAAUAUUAAACACAACCGAAGCGAAUAGUGUCAAUCUGCUGAAAGACAUAAAGACAGUGUACCCAAUGAUAUUGCUGUCCAAUUUUUAUAACUUGAAGGGAAGCGUUUAUAUAACUAGCCAUGAAAGCAUACUUGAUUGUAAAAACAUGGGGGAUGUCCUUGGGCAUAGUGAUAAAAAUGUUUCGCAGGCACGUUCGCCAGAAUGUGCGCAGAGUAUUAACCAAGUGCCUUUUGACAAGAUCAAGGAGCAUGCCAGGUACAGUAUCGGUGAUCACGAAAUUAACUUCUUCAUAAGCAACAACAUUUAUGUAAGUUUCGACAAGGACAACUACAACUACCGCAAUAAAUAUAUCUUCAAGUCGAACAAACCAAAGUUCCAAUUUAAUGAUCAUUCCCUUUCUUCUCCUUUCAACAUUUGCCUAACCGAGCUGUUCAACUACCCCAUCCAAACGCUCUAUUUAAAUGCAGUUAUUCUUAAUACUGUCAUGUAUUUGUUUCAUAAAUCCUUUUAUUACUUCGCCGUCACGGAUGAAGCCAAGAAGAUGAAAAUGAUGAGUAAGGCUAAGUGUGCCUUCCUCUAUCUCACCUAUAUUUUCUCGUAUUAUCAGUUAACGGAGGGUCUAUCCAAUGGGGAUCUUCUUUAUAUGCAAAAGGAACUGGAUGACUUUACCGCGGGGGUAGACUCGUCACACUUGAAGAGGGAAAACGAUCAUGUGAAGAAUAACGAGAACGCAACUCCCAACCAAGUUACCCCAUCAGCCGAAUCUCCCACACGUAAUGAUAAAAAGGCAGCGGGUAAGAAUUACAUCCCAAUCGACUCAGUCUUCAAAAAGAAAUAUGGACAAGAUAUUUUCAAAAAGUACGAAAUUAUGCAGGCCGCCUACCAUAAUGACAUAUAUAGCAAGAACGCCGCCCUGCAUUAUAGAAGUAUAUUGCUAAAUUUAAAUAUGUACAUAAGAAUCCUUGCUGGGGAUAGUAACGUGAAGGAUUUCACCGACAAGCUCCAAUUUUUGGAUAACAUAAUUUACCUCAACGUAUCCAAUGAAUUAAAUGUCUUCAAGCAAAUUUUAGCAAAGGACGAUUCAUACCAGAUUAUAAACAUGUCUUGUUUGUUCAAGCAAUAUAACUAUCUUGUUCACAACGUUACGAUUAUAACCUUAAUUAUUCAGUCGAUUUACAACCAUGGAAGGAAGAAAAUCAGCAGUGAAAAUAACAUGCUUAUCAAAACUUACCUUAUGAGGAAAGUUGCACUUUUUUCCGAUGUAAAUAAAAACUUGCUUUCUCUUUCCGAGGGGCUCGACAAAUAUAAGUCCCUGAAUACAUCUGACGUUUUGAAAAAUUUCGAGCUGGAAUUGGUAGAUGAAAUCGCCGCAUCGUGUAAACAGCAUGUUUUGAAUUUGUACAAUUUGUUCAACGGGAAGAUGCUCAUUAUCAAGUCAUACUUGUGA